AUGCCUUUCUCUACUGGGGAAGAAAACUUGUUCCAGCUGAGCCAAGAGAGUUUCGACUUCAACGUGCAGUUCGAGCAACUAUUCUUCUCUAUAAUUCCGUCUGUGCUAUUCAUUAUAACCUCGUUAUGGCGUACGGUUUCGCAGGCACGGAAGCCCACCAUCGUGGAUGCUCCCGUCUUCCAGCUCAUCAAAUUGGGUACUAUAACAACCUAUGUCGGCCUUGAGCUUUCGCUCCUGAUACUGGUCGCGGUUGGAUCAUUCCACGUCACUAGCAUGUUCAUAGCCUCAUCGGUCCUCAAGCUGGUCUCUGCCUUGUUCAUGAUAACUCUGAGCAUUGUCGACCAUAGCAGAAGUCCAAGACCUUCCGUCCUUCUGAACAGCUACUUGUUCCUAACACUUUUGUUGGACGCGGCCCAGGCAAGGACGCUGUUUUUGUCAUCAGAAGAGAAGCCCGAGGUCACUUAUAGUAGUAUUUUUAGUGCUGCAAUAGCUCUGAAAGCCGGUAUUUUGCUGCUAGAGGCUCAGCGGAAGUCCAAAUGGGUAAGCUGGGAUGAGAAGGAGCACAGCCCAGAGGAGACAAGCGGCAUCUUCUCCCUCGGUAUCUUCUUCUGGCUGAACAGAAUGUUCUUUGAGGGCUACAGGAAGGUUUUGAGAAUCAAGGAUCUAUACCCCCUUGACAGCACUUUAGGUGGCAAAGCUCUCCACGAAGAGUUUUCUAAGAAUGUUGACUACUCUAAGCUAAGGGGUGACAAGUUUGGUCUCGUGAAGGUUCUAAUUCGCACCCUGAAAGUUCCUCUACUACUGCCAGUACCUCCACGCUUGGCGCUUCUUGGCUUUACAUUCUGCCAACCUUUUUUUAUUGAGAAGCUGCUCGAUCACUUAUCUCAGCCAAAGGUCGAUGCGAAUGUUGGCUACGGAUUUAUUGGCGCCAGCAUACUGAUAUACCUGGGGAUUGCCGUCUCCAUGGCUCUUUAUUCGUACUUCCACCAUCGCAUGCGUACUAUGGCGAGAUCCAUACUCGUCACUGAGACUUUCAUCAAGGCGACAAAGGCUCGAAUCGGAACUGGAGACGACAGCGCUGCACUCACUCUGAUGAGCACAGACAUGGAGCGUAUCACAAUGGGUCUCAGGUCUCUGCAUGACAUUUGGGCUAGCAUCAUCCAAGCCGCCCUUGCUGCUUGGAUGCUCUACAUCCGGCUCGGCGUUGUCUUCGUCGUUCCAAUGGGAGUAGUUGUGGUCUGCUUUGGUGGGCUGGCGAUUCUUGUGAAUUUCACCGGUGACUCGCAGAGAGCUUGGAUGGCUAGGGUACAAAAGCGUGUUGGACUGACAGCCACCGUGAUUGCGAACAUGAAGAAUUUGAAGAUCUCUGGUCUCUCCUUCACUGUCAAGGACUUUGUCCAAAGACUUCGUGUUGAGGAACUGGCUGCAGGAGCUAAUUUUCGCAAGGUCAUCAUCAUUGCGGCUCUCUUUGGUUUUACACCUUUACUAAUAAGCCCGCCGUUAACCUUCGCCUUUGCUCAAAAGACAUUAGACGCAUCGAGGAUGUUCACAAGUCUCUCAUACCUCUUGCUUUUGACGAACCCACUAUCGCAGGUCUUCCAAUCCAUUCCGCAACUCCUCUCUGGACUGGCUUGUCUGGGACGAAUCCAGGCCUUCUUGGAGUGCGAAACUCGCCACGAUUUUCGCCAAAUACUUGCUGAUAUGAGGCUGAAGUCUGAAAAGGACGAGAUGACGACUGGAGAUCUUUCGGAUUCAAAAUCUAACACUGUGCAUCCAAUCGCCAUAGAGGACGGCAAUUUUGGCUGGGAAGCGGACAAAUACGACCUGCGAAGCAUCAACACGAAAAUAUCGAAGUCCUCGCUCACUAUUGUCGUCGGCCCCGUUGGCUCAGGAAAAUCAACAUUCUGCAAGGCUCUUCUUGGAGAGAUCCCUUUUAGCGGAGGCAGCUUAACUUUGAGCACCAGGUUUCCACACGUUGGAUUCUGCGACCAAACAGCAUUCUUAUCGAAUGGAACAAUCAGAGACAAUAUCAUUGGAUUUUCCCCUUUCAACAAUGAGAGAUACACGGAAGUCAUCGAAGCCACGGCAUUAAGCUUUGACCUUGCCACACUUCCACAGGGCGACAGGUCGAAUAUCGGAUCCGACGGUAUUACCUUAUCCGGCGGGCAGAAACAACGCGUCUCUCUGGCACGUGCUCUUUACUUGCAGUCAGACCUGCUGAUUCUAGAUGAUGUCUUCAGUGGCCUCGAUGCGGACACCGAGGAGCGCGUCUUCCGACAAGUGUUUGGCCUCGAUGGACUGCUGAGGAGACGACGCUCUACAGUCGUGUUGUGCACCCACAGCGUAAAACAUCUACCCGCUGCGGACCAUAUAAUUGCCCUUGGAAACGGCACAAUUGUCGAACAAGGUAGUUUUGACAACCUGAUGACAAGGCAAGGAUACGUGCAGCGUCUGGGUUUGAAGAGCUCUUCCGACAGCGAUGUUUCGUCCGAGGAAGUGGUGGCAAACAAAGAUCUUCAUGGGUCACAGGCAGCAUUGCUCAAGGCAACGACGACCAACAUAUCAACGCGAACAUCGGAUACUGAAGAAGCAGGAACGCGGCAACAUGGGGACAAGACAGUUUACAAGCAUUACUUCAAGAGUAUGGGCAUCUUUGUGGCCGCUGGUAGUUUAUUUUUCGGUGCUCUUUUGGGUUUCUUCUCGAACUUUCCGACCAUUUGGCUCAAAUAUUGGUCCGAUGACGUCUACUCGGAACAUCCAGUACACUCUUACGCGUACUAUGCCGGAAUAUAUGGUUUGCUCCAAAUAUGUGCCAUGAUAUCACUACUCCUACUCGGAAUCGCGCUUUUCAUCGUCUCCGUGAAGAGGGCAGGUGCCAACCUCCACCAGCAGGCCUUGCAAACACUCAUUCAGGCUCCAUUGGGCUUCUUCACAAGAACAGACACCGGCGUGGUCACAAACCUCUUUUCGCAAGAUCUCAACCUCAUAGAUACAGAGCUGCCGGAUUCAUUAUUAAACACAUUGUUUUCUGUCUUCCUAGCAAUUGGACAAGCGGCAGUCAUGCUUACUUCGUCUGGGUUCUUUGCGAUAAGCUAUCCGUUCCUCGGCGCCCUGCUGUACAUUGUCCAAAGCACUCAUUUCCUCGACACUCUCAAGGGCAUCACCACUCUGAGAGCCUUCGGUUUCAUUCCGGACGAUAUGCAGAAAAAUGUUCGCCUGAUCGAUACAAGCCAGAGACCCGCAUAUCUUCUCCUUAUGAUUCAAUCUUGGCUAAAUCUCGUUCUUGACCUCGUGGUCAUGGUAAUGGCAGCGGUGUUGACCACGCUUGCCGUUAGACUUCACUCUAACUCUGGUUUCGCCGGUGCUUCUUUAGUUUCCCUGAUGAGCCUUGGAGAUAAUCUUUCUGGGAUUGUUAUAUUUUACACCAAGUUAGAGACUUCUCUUGGAGCGAUCUCUAGACUCAAGACAUUUAGCGAUGAUGUUAAGCCAGAGGACAGGGAUGAUGAAGACAUUGUACCUCCUGAACAGUGGCCUCUCACUGGUGCAGUGAAGUUGGAGGGGGUGUCUGCAUCCUAUGAUGCGGUAGACCAGAGCGAUGAGGUAUCCAACUUGGCUCUCCGUGAUGUCUGUCUUACAAUCGACUCAGGCGAGAAAGUCGCCAUCUGCGGUCGUACCGGCAGCGGAAAGUCCAGCCUCAUUGCCCUGCUCCUCAAGCUCCUCGAUCCAACGGCAGAAACUCGAGCCAACUUGAUAAUCGACAGCACUCCGCUUCACCGCAUAAAUCGGCCCGCUUUACGUCAACGCAUAAUCGCAGUGCCACAGGAAGCCGUAUUUCUGCCGGAUGGAUCAACGUUCCAGUCUAAUCUAGAUCCAUCCGACAGUUCCUCUCCCGAGGAGUGCCAAAAUGUACUUGCAGCAGUGGGCUUGUGGGAAUUUGUCCUAGACCGGGGUGGGCUGGAUGCAGGCAUGAGCGCUGGCACUCUCAGCGCCGGACAGAGGCAGCUCAUGUCACUUGGUCGUGCGCUCUUAAGACGUCGAAUGAGGGCUCGAAACCUAGGAUUGGGUGGCGGGGGCUCAGAGGGUGGUAUCUUGUUACUGGACGAGGUCAGCUCCAGUGUAGACCACGAGACGGAACGAGUUAUGCAAGAGAUCAUCAAGACGGAGUUCAAAGGGUACACUGUCAUUGCGGUUAGCCAUCGACUCGAUAUGAUCAUGGACUUCGAUAGAGUUGUUGUGAUGGACAAAGGUGAGGUUGUGGAGGUUGGCAAUCCGAUGGUGUUAGCCGGUGACGAAAACUCGAGGUUUGGGGAUUUGGUGAGGGCUGGGGCUAAGUAG